AUGGCAGCAGUAGAGGCAGACAGUGUGGAGCAAGCGCCUGCGCUGCAAGUUAUCAUCUUGGGUUCGGGCGGUGGUCCGAUAGAAAGCAAUGUCACAGCCACACUGAUACGAUCUGUGUCAGCAGGCUGGGGUCGAGCUUCGAUGAGUGCCCUUGAUGCUGGAGUGCACAUGGCUGCCAUCACCCGGAUACUAGAAGAAACACAACCGCAUGGUCUUGGCACAGAUGUCAAAUUGCCACAUGUUCUUCAGGACGGGCCUUUCAAGGGGAUGGAGGUCAGGUCGGCGUCAGCAGUAACCAAUGCCGCGCAUAUCGUACGCCACUGCAUAGAUACCGUGCUCAUCACGCAUCCCCACCUGGAUCACAUUUCGGCCUUUGUCAUCAACACGGCAGGGUUUCAGCCGACCCGAGCCAAGAGACUAGCUGGAUUGCCUUCCACGAUAUCAGCGUUCAAGACGCACAUCUUCAACAAUGUCAUAUGGCCAAAUCUGUCAGACGAGAAUAACGGGGCAGGCCUGGUUACCUACAUGCGCCUAGUGGAAGGAGGAAGCCCGGCUCUUGGCGAAGGCGAUGGCAAGGGAUACGUCGAGAUCAGCGAAGGUUUGACGGUCAAGGUCCUAGCAGUCAGUCAUGGUCACUGCAUCGAAAGACAUGCACACAGAGGCUCGUCCGCUUCAUCACGACUGGGGAGUAUGGACGGCUCAUCCAUGAUACUGGGUUCACGACAAAUACCAGGAUCGAACGCUGCCGCCGGUCCGGCGUCGCUUUUCCGCUCAUCACUGACACAUUCCUCUCCCGGCGGCCACCAGGACCGCGAGCAUGUUUGCGUCUACGACUCGAGUGCAUAUUUUAUCCGCGACGCCCCAACGGGGCGAGAAGUCCUCAUGUUUGGAGACGUCGAGCCGGACUCGGUAUCCCUGUCACCACGGAACCUCAUGGUUUGGCAGGAAGCGGCACCGCGGAUAGCGAGGGGUGACCUAGCGGCCAUAUUCAUAGAAUGCUCAUUCGACGACAGCCAGACCGACGACCGGCUCUUUGGCCAUUUGACGCCGAGAUACGUCAUGCAGGAACUCAAGGUGCUUGCGGCUGAGGUCGAGCUUGCAGCCAAGAGCAGCACGACUUCGUAUAAGAGCAAGCUCGAGUCUUACACGAAGAAGCGCAAGCGCGAACUCGAGGACGCUGUACGCAGAGCAAACAGGUUUAUGCCGCGGUCGACCGUGUCAACGCCGGUGCCCACACCGAUUAUAACAAGCGGUAUCCUUGCCCGCGGCGACGAUCCGCCAUUGUCGCCGAAAUCCACGCGCCCACUCAAAGUCGACACCCCUUCGUCAAUGUCAAAUGCCGGCAGCGACUACGGCUUUGACACCCCCCAUAUAUCCACGCCCACGGCGGAGAUGUCCCUUCGAGAUCUUGAGAAUCCUGCGUCAGCCUCUACAAAUGGGCCCAGUCCAGCAACAACAGGACAGCACCAGCUUGGUGUGGGAGGUGGCAACACGCCGAUACCCGAGCCCCGAUCUCUCAAUGCGCUCAAGGGCGUCAAGGUCGUCAUCAUCCAUGUCAAGGAGCGGCUCACUGAUGACGAGCCAGCGGGUGACAGAAUAUUGCGUGAGCUACAGGAGCAUGAGGCCGAGGCGCAGACCGGUGCGGAGUUUGUCGUGUCGCACAGUGGACAGAGCUUUUACAUCUGA